AUGUCGGCUGCAGCUGCGAUCGAAGUGGAAGAGGAGUCGAAAGAAAAUAUUCUGCCGGCUGUGAAAGGUCGUGGAGUUAAGCUGGAUGAUGCGACGUUCAAUGCGAUGGUCGCUUCUUUCCAAGCACGCAUAGCAGCUUGCAAAGGUAUCGAUCAGAUUCGCCCCAGGAUUGAUUUUAUCCAGUUCCUUGAGAUUCAUUACCGCGCUAAAGAGAAGAGAAGAGGCCUUCUUUUUGAAGCAGUGGAGAGCUUUUGCAAGCUGAUGGACCAGGAAGAGUUCAAGACUGAUGACGUUCGAAAUGAUUUGAACUGCGUUUCUAUUUGGCUCCAUUACGCGCAUAUGUCAAAUGACCCGUUGGAGAUUUACGAAUUCAUGAAAAAAGCCAGGAUUGGACUUCGUGAUCCAGAUUUCUACAUCGAUUGGGCGUUCGAGCUUGAAAGAAAUGGCAGGAUAAAUGCGGCACAAGAUGUUUUCAAGCUUGCGCUGGAAAACAAAGUCCAACCUUCCCAACAACUGGAAGAAGAGUAUCAGGCGAUGCUUUCUCGAGCCGUGUCCUGUCAAGCCGAAAUUCCCGAGGACGAAGAAAACCAGCGAAAACCAUUGAUGAGCCUGAGACCAGUUGGAAAAACUCGCGUCAGAGCUCCUGUUGCAAGAACAGGGAGGGCUGUGCUUGGUCUCUCGUGUCUCAACCAAGCGCCUGUCUCGACUGCACCAAAUAACCCACUCGCAUGUUAUGACGAUCCAGACAAUCGUGAACCUGUUGAAACGAACGAGGAUGUCGUUUCGUUUGCGAAACUAGGGAAGUCCAGAGAAAAUCGUGUAGAAGUGAUACCAUUGAUUCGGGGUGCGGUCAGCGGUCCAGUUAAAGUCAAAGCGAAGCCCUCUUUUCAAAUUUUCUGUGAUGAUGGCGAGGAGGAAGGAACGUGGAAAAUGCCGAAACUAGACAUAGGCCUGCGUGAGCCACCAAAAGGCUCAACUCAUAGUAAGUUCAAUGAUUCAUUUUCUGAAAGAAUAUUCAAUGAAACCCCGCAUUCAGAAGCUGGAACAAAGGUGGAGGAAGCUGAUGCCGCGAAUUGCCACAUGAUAUACAAAUCAAACAGCGUUUCGGUUGAAGAGCGUCUUGCGAUGGCUCACAAGCAUUCAGUGCUAACACACGAGCCGAUUGUUGCUUGUAGAAGACGUUUUAUGAAAGCCUCAUCCUUUGAGAUUGGGAUGGGCUUAUGGACGGUAUCACCUGGACUCGGCAUCAAGGAUCUUCCAGCAAACACUCGUUUUGUUUUACCUGUUGACGUCGUCGAAGGAGGGCUUUCUUUGGAGGAAUAUGUUUUCAAGAAGCGUUGGGAGAUUCGAUCUCCGUCGAAAAUCGAAGAGGAUGCGAGGCUUUUAGAGCUACAACGAUCGCUGAUUGUGCGCGUGAACGAUAGCAUAGCUCAGCUUUUCUCCGCCAACCCAUUUUCCGACGAAGCCAGAACUGCAUUUCUGGAUAGUGUCGGCGAUGGUUUUCCGAAAGAUCGAGUCUUCUAUUUGGACAAGAAAAUGCCUGCAAUCUGUUUAGAUGUGGAGUUUGUUCAUGAAGGGGAGUCCUACGAGGUGGAUACGAUUGUAGGAGAAGGAUCGUAUGGGAGAGUUUUCCGAGCAGCGGUUUUGCGUAAAAAUCCGAUGGAGCAUACCAUGUUCCCGAUGAACGACGAUGUUGUGUUCAAAGAGCAAAAGCCGCCGUGUCCGUGGGAAUUGUAUAUUUGCAACGAAUUGCACAAGCGUCUGCGAUCCUCUGCUGCGUACAAUAUUCGCCCGUCCAUCAUGAAAAUCAACAGAGCCUACUUUUUCCGCGACGGUUGUCUGUUGGUGUCAAAUUUUCAGUCGUGGGGAAGUUUGUUGUCGGUCUUGAACAAUUUUUUGAGGGCCCACAAAGCGAUGCCGGAAUGUCUCGUCUUCUGCUUCGCCUACGAAAUUCUUCGAAUAAUUGAAGGCGUUCACGACUGUCGUAUUAUCCACGCUGACCUAAAGGUUGAUAAUUUCGUCCUGGCUGGCAUGCCGCGCAUCGAUAAACACGGGAAGACGGAAGAAGAAGUUUUUGGCGUGGAAGGGCGCAGUUUGCAGUUGAUAGAUUUCGGACGCUCGAUUGACAUGAAGUUCCUCCCGACGAGGAUUCAGUUCAAUUAUUGUUCUGAAAACGAGGAGUACCGAAUUCCUGCGAUGUCUGACGAGCAGCCGUGGACGUAUCAUAUUGACUACUGUGGGAUCGCGUCCACUAUCCACACGUUGCUUUUCGGCAAGCACAUGAAACUGGCCAAAGUCAAGGACGAAUGGGUUCCUGCUGAUGUUUCAUUUCGAAGGCCGUUGCAAGCGGAAUUCUGGAAAAAACUUUUCAAAGUGCUGCUGAAUCUUCCAGAAAAUGGAUAUCUUCCUAAACUUCCGAAACUGCGUCAUGAAUUGUUCGAUUGCUUCAUGAAUUCAGGACGUACUAAGAAAAAGACGGAUUUGCACAAGAAAGAUCCGUUGAAACUUCUGCAUCCCAACAGUCGGAAGGCUACACGAAUUUCCAAAAAUGCCAAUAAGCAGGGCAAGAAACUGAAAGCAAAAUGGGCUGGAAAUGCCAAGGUUAAUGCCACUACAGAAAUGCUUCGCUUUUUAGCUCAGUUCCUGGAGGAUUAUUCCGAUCCUUUCACGGGAUCGGAUUUUUUGGAUCUCAUUGAAUGGCGUGGGCAACUUCUGGCUUCUGCACAUACAGUUCUAAAAUACGUGCUGAAAUUCCCAAGCUAUCUUCAUCGCAAUGACGACGAAAUGGAUGAAAUAACAGAUAAGAAUAGCAUCGGUGGUUUUCGGAAAGGAAGACAGAAAAGCGGUAGACUUUCAAAGCUUCAAGAAACUGUAGCAAGAGAGACGGAGCUUUUCGAAGGAGCUGGUCUUGAUUUGCCAGAUCUUUUUCAUGCCGAAUCACUCGAAUUCAUGAGGAACUGGGACGGAGACGCAAAAUCUAUCCAUAAAAUUCGUAUGCGGAAGGUGAAGCGAGCGCAGCUUGAGGCAUUAGCAAAAGAUGAGACUGUUUGUGAUGAUCCAGAUGCAAUGCAGACUGUUUAA